AUUUAUAGCUACCGCUUAAAAGCAUUGCGCAUCAUAUAUUGACGAUUAUAGUAAUAUACACCAUGUCGUCGACUGUCAUGGUACAGCAGCCAGUACAGACUGAGACUUAUCGCCGCGUACGGUCGGGCCAUCGAAAGUCUGCUGCUGGGUUUGGUAUUACACAGGCUUCCAUGGGGGUUUUAGCCAUCAUUUUUGGAAUCACCGCUGCUAUUAUAAGGUGCAGCCUAGCGUUCCUCGGAACGGGAAUUUGGUGUGGAGUUUAUUUCAUCGUUACGGGUUGCAUGGUGUACGUGUCAGCCGCGCGUACCUCCAGAAGAUGGAUAAUCACCUCCAUGAUCCUGUCGAUCAUCGCCGCUGCAGUAUGUGGACUUGUGUUAAUACCAGUCUCGGCAGUAGCUGUGAGUGAGGAUUAUAUCUACACCGAGUGUUACUAUUUUGGUCUCAAUAAUUGCUACAAUGAACGUGAUGUCAACGUUUGCAGAAUGAUUCACCAACAGCACGUAUUCGCUAUGCAGGCCCCUGUGGUCCAGCAACAACAGCAAAUAGUCACUGUACAGUCACCGGUGAUCCAGCAACAACAACAACAACAAGUACACACUAAUAAUAAUACAAACCGGCCACGAUAUAGUCAGAAGACAGCGACGGCGUUGGCUAUUUCACAAAUAGUACUUGGCGUGUUGGCACUGGUAUUUGGGAUUGUCGCAAUUGAAAUAGGGUGCACAAAGAGCCACAUUGGUAGUGGCAUUUGGUGUGGGUUAUUU